AUACAACAGAAUGCCUGACACUCUUAGUCUUAGCCACUGCGCGACAGUGUGGGCUUCCUUAUUUUAACCUCAAUUCCCUUAAAAUGAUUGUAAAACUCACAGAUUGGUCUCCAAGAAUUCUGGCAUACCAAAAUGGGAUUUCACCAUUGACUCCUAUAUAAAUUUUAAAGUAACUCAAAAUCAAAGCUUCAUAUUAAAUGUUAAACUGUUUUAUUGCCAAAAACUUCACAAAGACUAAUUUCUUUCUUGGUUUAACAGUCCAUCCAUGAGGUCAGGAGAUGUUACUCCUGUAGACUUUUCAUCAGAUGGCAGUCCUGUGUCCACCCCAGGUAAUUCUCCUUAUGGAAGUGUCAACGACCUGUCCAAGAUUGAUGACAGUCAGAAUGGGAACAAGAAGGCUGUUACAGGUCAAAGUGACAAUCCUAGUGGUCCUCUUCUUCAGCUUCCUGGUCAAAGUGAUUCAUACAAACACUAUGGAAGUAACAGGAAAAACAACGAAGACAAGGACAAAGACUUGCAUGAUGUUAAAAUCUCUGAAACAAGUACCGAUAUAGAUCGUGUCACCUUACAGAAAGAGUAUGGUAUAGGACUUGGUGUGUCACUCCUUCGGAGGGACACUAACGGAUUCAGUCACAUUUACAUCCAGGACAUUGCUCAGGGAUCAGUGGCAGAUAAGGAUGGGCAGCUUAGGAAAGGAGAUAUGAUUGUGAAGGCAGGGGGGCGGUCACUACAGGACAUCACCUUGCUGGAUGCAUACCAGGUGUUUCGUACCCUCCUAGCUGGACCAGUCACACUGUUGAUUAGACGUGGCAUCAAAUUCAAGCCUAGAACAAUCCACCUUUCCCCCAACGCUGCUGGCCAACUCAUCACCAACUAUGAAAAGGAGCAAGGUCUCGAUAUGCUAACAGAGGAGGCCAGAUGUCAACCAUGUUAUCUACCAUCAGAGGGUACUAUUUGCCAGCCAUGUUAUCUACCAUCAGAGGGUACUAUUUGUCAGCCAUGCAAACCACCAUCAGAGGGUACUAUUUGCCAGCCAUGUAAUAUACCAUCAGAGGGUACUAUUUGUCACCCAUGCAAACCACCAUCAGAGGGUACUAUUUGUCAGCCAUGCAAACCAUCAUAUGAGGGCAGCGGUUGUCGGAGUGGGACAUUAAAAGCUUCAUUGAACUGUGCCAUUUGUGAGCCACUUAAUUUACAAUCAGAAGGCCCUUGUUGUCAGACUUUAAAUCUACCACUGGAAAGUGUAUCUGGACAGCCAUCAAAUCCACCUAUUUGUCAGCCAUAUGGUCUGAUGCCUGCUCAACUUAUUACUGACGGUUUGUCUCUAGAGCAGUCACUUAAUGAGGAUGAUUUUCUUGUAUGAUUGUAGAUGGCUUUCAGAAUAUCAUUCUUCUGCCUCACUUAUGAUUGGAAUACUGUGAAGGAGGUCAAUAUGGGAAUCUUGUACAAAGACGUUAUAAUGUUAGAUCAAGAUUACUUGAGUAUUGAAAUGUGACUAUGAAAGAUCUAUUCCAGGGUGAUUUUUGAUGUUCUGCUCCUUAGAGACAUUUUCCUGAAGAGUUCCACACUAAUUUAGCUACCAUAUAUCCUUAAAUACAUUACACUGACCAAUAUGAAUUAAAGAUUGAGAAUGUAAAGAUGCAUGAAAAAUCAUAAUUUUGGACAACAAUAAUUGUGUUAUAGAAUGAUUUGUUGUUUUAAUUGUCAUGUCUACAUUUGUGAGAAUAAAAUAUGUU